AUGCUUUUUGUAAUUCAAUCACUGAGCACCAAUUUUCAAGCUGUUGGGUGAAGAAGGAAAAGACACUGCUUCCUCCUUUUCUUUUCAUUUUUUUCCCAUGUCUUCUUUUCCCCUUCUUCUAUUCCAUUCUAUUUACUAUUCAGUGGAUUUAUCAUGGCAUGCUUUUGAUACAUUGCCAUGUUGACUAAUCCCAACGAACCACUCCUUCUCUCUCCUCUCCCUGCUGUACCCCGUAACACUUGGUUAGGAGACAUUGUGGUACUCAUUUUUCUUUAGUUGGUGUCUCCCUGGCUGUUUCUAACCGAAGCAUAAGUUACAGACACACCCUAUUCCCUCUUUCUCUCUCUGAGGAUUACUUGCAUAACACUACUACUAAAGCACUCAGCUUACAGCUUCUCAUCUUCAUCUAUGCUCCUGCUAGCCCACUCUAUCUCUCUACCUUCACUUUCGUUACUCAUGCUGUUUCACAUCAUUUCUUCAAUUUCUACACUACACCUACUUCUAAACCAUGCAGCCUUUUCAAUUCUAAAGCUUUUUCUGCUUCCUAAGAUUAAAUCAGUUGCACCAAUAAUACAGCAACAGGAACUGCAGAUGAGGCAGAAAAAUCUGAAGCCUGGUGUUAGUCAGUGAGAGUAUUCUGCAUCUGCAAGACUUUUAGACUAUAGUUAACUUCACCUACUCAUCUAUUCUAUUCUAACGGUUGAGACAGAAACUUUCAGAAGUAUACCAUAGAGAGAAACAGGAAAUGUCAAUUUGCAAAACUCUGUAAGCAAUUGGCGGAUAACGGCCAAAACUGGAAUUUGGUUGCUUUUUUAUUUUUUUUUAAUAUGUGGAGGGCACCAUCUGCAAUGAAUUGAAGGGCUUUCAGGAUUGUAUAUAAAUAUCAAUGAGGUUGAGAAAUCUAAGUUGGUGCUUCCGUAUUCUGCUGUUUCAUGGUCAUGCAUCACGACAUAACCCUUUGAUUUAGUUCUGAGAGGGUUACAUCAAUGCCUUCCCUUCUCUCCCUCUCCAUGACUUUAUGAGAUCUAUAUUGUACUGUCGUUCAAGGUGUAGUCUUACCUGAACUUGCAGAUUUUGAAGUAGAGGUUUUUUCUUGACAAUUUCUACAAAUAAAAAUGAAGUUCAUGAAACUUGGGACAAAGGCAGAUACAUUCUACACUGAACAAGCUACCAGGACUCUGAUAUCAGAGAUAGCUGCAGACCUUGUGAUUCAAAUCAAUGACAUCACGUAUCUGUUACACAAGCUGCAGUUUCCGCUUCUUCCCAAAUGUGGCCUCCUACAAAGGCUUUGCUAUGACAGUAGUGAUUCAGAGAGUGUCUCUCUGGAGCUUCAUGAUAUACCAGGAGGAGAAGAGGCUUUCGAACUGUGUGCCAAGUUUUGUUACGGAAUUGCAAUCAACAUAAGUGCCCAUAACUUUGUAUCCGCUCUCUGUGCUGCCAAGUUCCUUAGAAUGAACGAUUCCAUUGAGAAGGGAAACUUUGUUGGAAAACUUGAGUCUUUCUUCAAUUCAUGCAUACUUGAAGGUUGGAAAGAUUCCAUUGCAACGCUUCAAACUACUGCUACGUUACCAGAGUGGUCUGAGAAUCUUGGUAUUGUCAGAAAGUGCAUUGAUUCAAUUAUUGAGAAAAUUCUCACACCACCACCACAGGUCAAAUGGUCCUACACCUACACCAGGCCAGGCUACACAAAAAAACAGCACCAUUCUGUGCCAAAAGAUUGGUGGACGGAGGAUGUUUCUGAUCUUGACAUAGAUCUUUUCAGGUGCAUAAUAAUGGCUAUUAGAUCAACAUAUGUCCUCCCUCCACAGCUUAUUGGAGAAGCUUUGCAUGUCUAUGCCUGCCGGUGGCUACCGGGAAUCCCAAAGCUUAAAAGUUCUGGCAGUUCAGUGUCUCAAACAGAAGAAUCUAAACAGAAAAACAGAAAAAUUCUUGAAACAAUUGUUAGCAUGAUUCCUGCAGAUAGAGGGUCUGUGUCGGUUGGCUUCUUGUUUAGGCUUCUCAGCAUUUCAAUUCACCUUGGUGUUUCCUCGGUGACCAAAACAGAACUCAUAAGGAGAGCCAGUUUGCAGUUUGAGGAGGCAACAGUGAGUGACUUGCUUUACCCUUCAACAUCCUCUUCUGACCAGAACUAUUAUGAUACAGAGUUAGUUCUAGCAGUGUUGGAAACUUUCUUGAAGCUUUGGAAAAGAAUGUCUCCAGGUGCUGUGGAUAGCAGCUACUUUUUGAGAUCAAUUAGAAAUGUCGGCAAGCUCAUUGAUUCCUAUCUUCAAGUGGUAGCAAGGGAUGAUAACAUGCAAGUUUCAAAAUUUGUGUCUCUUGCUGAAACUGUGCCCAGUAUUGCUCGAGAAGACCAUGAUGAUCUGUACCAGGCAAUCAACAUCUACCUUAAGAUGCAUCCUGAACUGAGCAAAGCAGACAAGAAGCGGUUGUGUGGGAUUCUAGACUGUCAAAGAUUGUCCCCAGAAGUGCGUGGACAUGCAGUAAAAAACGAGCUUCUGCCAUUAAGAACAGUAGUGCAGCUGCUCUACUUUGAACAAGACAAAGGGUCUAAGGCAACCUCCAGUCACAAACUGCCAAAGCCACAUGAGAUACUUCUGGGAGCAAAAGAUAGAGCAGCUACCACAAGAGACACCCAAAGCAAACAUUCUUUAGGUCCAGCCAAAGAAGAAUUCAACGGAGAAGAAAUUAGAGAAAGGGAUAAGCAGAAAACAAAAAGAUCAGAUGGCAAAUUGGCAUUGAACUUAGAAAAAAAAAUGGUUAUAAGAGGAGACAUUGAAGAGACACAAUCUGAGAAAGGCAGGAUUGUGAGAGAUGAAAGUAGUUCGAGCGGCAAGGUGAACAUGGAUCCUAAAAAAAUGAUAAGAAGGGCAAGAAGUAAAUCAGAACAUGGUGUGAAGAAGUAAGAUUCAGAUCACCAUCACAGCAACAGUAAUAAUAAUCUUAGUAACUUCAAUUCUUAUUAUUUCUUUUUUAACUUCUCAUAAAUGUCAGCAAUGUAUAAAUCCUUUGUACUAUCUCUUUCCCCAAAGAGUUUUAUCUAGGGAAAUUAUUUUUUUA